CGAGAGGAUUGCGUGUAACUGAGAGUGUGACAGAGAGAGUAACUGUGAGUGACAAUGUGUGGCUGAUGUACAGUAUGCAAGGAUGAGAUUGAAGAAGAACGAACGAACAACACGUUUGACCUUCGAUGUCAAGCUCAACCUCCAUCGAGCUUUACAACCAAACAUCAUCCCCGUACCAAACAACGAAACCUAUUAACCGCAAAACGAAAAAAAAAAAAACAAUCAUUACUCAUUAAAAAUUAAUCAGCUUCGAUUAACCAAAUUACUGCUCACUUUAAGCAAAAAAUAAGAUCAAAAUUACAAUGAACCUUCUCCUCGAUAGACCUUCGAUGUCAAGCUCAACCUCCAUCGAGCUUUACAACCAAGCAUCAUCCCUGUACCAAACAACGAAAUCUAUUAUUAUUAUUAACCGCAAAACGAAAAAAAAAACAAUCAUUACUCAUUAAAAAUUAAUCAGCUUCGAUUAACCAAAUUACUGCUCACUUUAAGCAAAAAAUAAGAUCAAAAUUAUAACGAACCUUCUCCUCGAUAGACCUUCGAUUUCAAGCUCAACCUCCAUCGAGCUUUACAACCAAGCAUCAUCCCCGUACCAAACAACGAAACCUAUUAACCGCAAAACGAAAAAAAAAAAAAAAAAAGAAAAAAAUGUCACCAUACCUCGUACGUACAUUUAAGAGCAAGGUGAAUUGCGUAACAUGGAUCGAACAUAGCUUCGAUAGCUAUUUGCGGCCUCUUCUGACCCGCCACGAUCCGCCAUUACAUCUUCCACUUAAGGUCGGAAGGAAGGACCUUGCCCCCGUAUACACGGUUCCUCGCAACGGGAGCAGAAACGCAAGAUGGGAGAAACUGAGAAGAAGGAUCUACUUAAACGGGAACAAGAGUGAAGAUUGGUCCAUGGCCCAGAUCCCCGGAUGCCCUUCCACGAAACGAUAUAAAAAGGUGGCGCGGGUGCAUCGUCGACUCGUUUUUGCACGAGGGGGAAACAGAAGGUGUGCGAUGGUUGGUAAGAAGUAAGUUAGUGGAUCGUCGAUUGAUUGAUCGAAGAAGAGCUGGAGGAGGAACGAGUCGUCGUCGGGCCGGGAAUAAAAGUGUUGAUACGCGCCAUCCUGAUCUGCUCUCUUCUCGUCUUCGUCGUGGUAGCAGUUAUCGUCCUCUUGGUGAUCAAGCCUGAUUACGUUUGGCAGAUCAAGGCUGAGGAUUAGAGGAUUCCUUUGGAAUUCGAAGUCGAAUUCGAAGAAUUCGAUUCCUUUGGUUCUUCAAAGUGUUUUCAAAAAGGAGGAUGUGAUUUUGAAGAAAGAGGUUAUAAAGAUCUUUGAUCCAUCUCUUUUAAACUUUGAAAAUAAUUAAGAAGUGUGAAAUAAUUGAUUCUGGGGGAAGAAAGAAGGGACAGAGAAGUUUUCUGGUUUCUGAAGACAUUCAAAAACAGCAAAAAAAACAAAUAGACACAAUGAUGAAGACGAUAUUCCUUGCUCUAACAUUGGCGAGUUUGGCAAACUGUCAGGGAACUCUGUUAGAAAUGUCUCAACAGUUGUGGGCCAAGCUUCUGUCAGGCGGAUUCUCGAAGACGGGGAAGUUGGACCCGUUGAGGGUUCCUACGAUCAAAGUGGACCAAUCGGAAGGCAACACCAGUUACAGAAUUAUUCUUCGCAACGUGGAGAUAACUGGGCUGAACGAGUCCAGCUUGGACAGCAUCCACAUAGCUCGAGGCCGUUUGAAAUCGAACCUGAGCGAAUUGGAGGCCGGUUACGUGAGCUACAGCGAUCUCAGAGACUUGGACUCGAUCAGAUACAGGUUCCACACGUUGAUCAAGGAGCCGAAGGGGCAGAACGAGAGCUUCGAGGCGAUAGUCUCUGCCGCCAAUCAAAAGAUAAAUAAAUCCGCGACAGGUUCGAGGGAGGAGGAGAGCCGUUUCGAGAGACUGAGAAUGUACGAUCCCUUCCUGAUGAGGAUUCAGGCGGAGAAGAUGAGGUCGCCUGCCAUCAACGAGCCGCCAUCCAAAUUCCUGCUCCGUCAACCUGCUCCCACCUUCAACAUGGAGGGCGCCAAAGUCCUCUCCAAGUCGGAGACCGCUCGUAUCAUCGAGAACUUGAGGUAUCCUUCCGACUUGCAGAUGAUUUACGCGAUGAGCGCGAUGAAUUCUGGAUUGAACCCGAGAAACUACGAUCAGAAGGAGAUCCAGGGAGGCGGGGUUGAGAGACGAGAGGACGAGAGAAGGGAGAAGAGCGGCAGAAGGGGGGAAGAUGUUGAGACUAUGGCGUCAGAGAAUGUAGAGAGCGUGGCCAAGGGUCACAAGUUCGUCCCUGGAAUCGGCAGGGAACAGACGUUUCAAUCGAGGAUGAAAUUGGAGGAUAAACCGGGCUACAUCGACAUAGUUUACGCGGACGGGGAGCGUAAUGGCGGCGUGAAACGCUUUGGAAACGGGAGAAUAGAGUCUAAGGGGAGUGCCAGAGUGUUUGGAGUGAACGGUGAAGCAAAGGAUAUCCUGGAGAAUAAACGAGUUAUUAGUCGCAACUGUACCGAGGGGGAAUCGUUGACGAAGAGGAACGACGCCGUUAAGGCGGGCAUAGAGGCGAAGAGGUUGGAUGGAUUGUCGAGAUACGCGAGAGAUUAUCAGGAGAGGCAGGGAUACUUCGAGGAAGGUAUGCAGUUGGUUUAUCAUUAUGGCGGGAUGGAUCCUGAGGGGCAGAAAAUUGGCCAAGGGAGAAGACAGAAACGUGCUCAUGGAGGGAACGACACUGAUGACGAUGUGAUGCACGUGAUCGUGAAAAUCAGGGUACCGUUGCUUCGCGUGAAAUCCGAUUACCAAUUGAUGGGAAAGGUUGGACAGGAAUUGGUAAGAGGAAGGGGACAGUUCAAUGGGAAUUUCUCUGAUGUUGUUGGUGAUUUCACUAUCGAAUUGAAGAAAACCAAAGGGCAGGACGAGUUGAUGGUUCGAGCAGCCAGGAGCAAAUUAAAUGCAACUAAGAAAAAUGUUUCUCUUCAGGGGAUGGACGAAGAGGGACCAGUGAAGUCGAUUCUCAGCAAUGGCUUGAUGGCUGCGGAGGCGGUGGCCGCCAUGCUUGCCGAUGACCUGGCCACCAAGGCCCUGAACGACAAAACGGCGGAUGCGAUGAUUUACAAAAUGUACAAAAACCUUCCGGUCAAUUAAACCGGUGUCGAGGACGGUUGGGCUUUAAUCGUUUUGACAGAUUUAUAUAUUGUGUAAUACGCGGUGGUCGAAAUAAUUCUUUCGUUCGAAGAGGAAACGUAUUUAAAAGGAUAUAUAUAUAUUUUGAGAUUGAAAGAAAGAUGAAAAUUUUUAACGAUCACGUUUUCCUCUUUGGAAGAAUAAGGUAAGGUAUGGUGUUAAGAAAUAGAGUUACAUCAGGUAAUAUUUCCUUUGUUUAUAUAAUUAAUGGCAUAUUUCUUUGAACAGUCUUUUAAAUUAUCUUUUUUAUUAAUCAAUAAUUGCACGAUUCUAUAUUAUUACUUAUUUAUUUAUUUCUAUUUAUUCACUGGCUAUCACUCCAAGAGUUAUUAACUGAUUAAUUUUGUUUACUAAGUAGAUAUUAUAUUUAGUUUUAUUAGUAUAUCACGUUACAUAUAUAGAAUUUCAUACGUAUAUUCAUUACACACAUGUUUUACAUUGUAUACGCUUAAAAAUUAUUUAAAUAGUGGAUAGUGUAAGUUAAAAUAGUUUAAUUUUUAGAAUUACAAAGAAUUCAUUUAAUGCAUAAAUGCAAAUUGCCAAAUGUACCAAAAGAAAUCAACGUAUAUACAUCUAUCUAAUCACAAAAUCAAUUAUAUUUAUUUAUAGAUAAUAAAUUUAAGAAUUAUCUUUCUGCGAGAAGAGAAAAAAAUAAAAUUC